AUGUCUAAGUGCUAUAGCUCUGAAAUGGCUUUGGCUUCACAUAAGAAACAGCUCGCGGCCUAUAAAUCACCUGUCCAGCAAUUGAGCCCGAUUUCUGUGAAACGAGACAAACCGGGAACGUGUCCACCAGCCGGAGACGAAUUGCCAUGUAGCGCCUAUACAAAGUGCAGCGAUGAUGAGCAAUGCCCGGAUGUGGAAAAAUGCUGCAAGAACGCAUGCGGAUCAGUAUGUGUUGACCCAACGAAGGCGACAAAUUGCAUUCAUCUUGUUGUAGCAGUCAAGAAACUUCCCAAUCAGAGUCUACACAAUGAAUACUUCAUGCCAAUUCAAUGUGAUCAGCGCCAGUGUUGGUGUGUUGACGUGAAUUACGGUACAGAAAUCGCUGGUUCUGCCGUAACGGUAGCUAUGAAAAGAGGAGACAUGUGCCGAGAACGAAAUUGGUUUUUCUACGGAAAAAUCGAUCAGCUAAAACCGACAUAG